AAGAUCGAACAGCUGUGAAUUUGUUGAAAAAAUAAUUUAGGCUUUUGCUGUAAAUCUAUUGUAAUAGUCUUAGAAAGUGUGUUACAAUUGGAUGGAGACAAUUUAACAGUAAAGUUAAUAUUUUUUUUCAAGUUUUUACGAGUAGACUUUUUAGCCAUUACAAGAUAUAAGGUGAAACAGUGAUAGCAUUCAAACUCUAGAUAAAUAUGAAUUAUUAAUACUACUGUAAAUAUGUUGGAUUAAAUCGAUUACAAUGUAAACAAAAUAUGCCGUGCUUAUAUCCAUACUUUACGUUUUACAUUUAAAAUAGAUCAGCUCUACCCAAAAAUUAUUUAAUUUUAUUUAUAUCAUCUUAUCUUGUUCGUCAAAACAGAAAACUUUGACCGAAAUGAUGCUACAAUUGAUGACAAAUCACCAAAAUAUGUUUUUAAUCAAGUGAAACCUGAUUUUGUUGGAGAGAGGUUGGUUGCAAUUUGAACUAAAUUUAUAAUUUCCAUCUUAAAUAAAGAAUUGAUGAUUGUGAUUUGUACAGGGGGAAAAAACGCAUCUACAUUGUGGUGUGACUCCCGCCGUAUACUACCUUUUUAUACUCCUUGAUCUAUGGCUUUUUUAUUUCCUCAAUUAAUCACUGAUGCGUAUCUUUUCCUUGUGCAAAGUAGCGCGUUUUCUUGAAAGGAGUAAUAGAUUUAAUAUAAAUUGUGCCAAGUACUGUUUCGCAAGUAGCACAAUGUCAAAAUCAGCGUUGGUUUUGCUGGCUGAAGGUGCUGAAGAGAUGGAAUUCGUCGUGUCUGUGGAUAUUUUACGCCGAGCCGGUAUCACUACAACUGUUGCAGGCUUAAAUAAUACCAACCCGGUUAUCUGCAGCCGCAAUGUAGGAAUUGUACCCGACAUGGGUUUUAAUGAUGCUGUGAAGAAAGGUCCGUAUGAUGUGGUCGUUUUGCCAGGAGGAUUGCAAGGAGCAAAAAAUUUGUCUGCAAGCAAAGAAGUAAAAGAUUUGCUUAAAGAUCAAGAAAAUUCAGGUCGUCUUAUUGCUGCAAUAUGUGCAGCGCCUACUGUGUUGAAGACGCAUGGCAUUGCCAAGGGCAAACAAAUCACUUCCUACCCCAGCUUCGAAGACGACUUAGUUGCUGGAGGCUACAAAUAUAGCGAGGAUGACGUAGUUGUUGACGGAAAACUGAUAACAAGUCGCGGACCUGGAACGGCUUUUAAGUUUGCACUUAGAGUUGCAGAACAGCUGGUUGGCGAAGAAGUUGUGGAACGAGUUGCCAAAGGACUGCUGUUGUAGUUGCAAUGGCGUGAUUAUAUUGUAUUUGCAAUUUUGCUAGUAAUAAGUUUAGUUGCAGCAUCUGAAAACAUAUUCAAGGCCCUCCCUGGCACAGUGAUUUGGCAUCUGAUGGCUCAGUUGACUGUCAUGUGAUGCUGUAGGUCAGAGCCAUGCUGAUGGAACUGGUUGAUUGUAAUUAGGUCGACAUACUGGUCAGUUACUGAUCAGUACUGUGUGUGAUGUUUUGAAUUAUGAAAACCAAUCAAAUGUAUCACGUGUGUCAGUGCAGUAACAAGCAGGAAGUUGUGUUGUUUCCAAAUAAACAUAAAAAAUGAGAUUUCAGCAAAUUAUACAAAUAAAUAAUUAAUAAUCACUUA